GCUGGCGAGUCCUUCUGGACAGGCGGUUGCUCCCAGAGAUGUGAAUGUCACGCUCCAAAUGACCUGCGAUGUUCUGCCUUGUCUUGCACUCCUGAACAGCAGUGCUCCAUCAGAGACGGCCAGCUGGGCUGUUACGAUGCCAUGUCCACCUGCACUGUGUGGGGGGAUCCACACUACAUCACCUUUGAUGGAGCAGUGGCUCAUUUCCAGGGAACUUGCUCCUACAUCAUCGCUGAGAGCACAAAUCAUGGCACUAACGAAACUCAGUUUCAGGUGAUAGCCACCAACAAUCACCGUGGUAACAACCGUGUGUCAUUUGUGUCAGCAGUGGACAUAUAUCUCUCAAAUCAUCCAGAAAGUGUGUACAUCAGGAUCGGACCCAAUAAAAGAGUAACGGUAAAUGGAAAUGAUGUUUCUCUUCCCACCACAGUGGGAAUCUUAGCUCAGGUGGUAAGGCAGGGAAGCUACAUAGUGGUUGAUGCCUCUGACUUGCUAGUCCAGUUUGAUGGUCAUAGCACUUUACUGGUCAGACUGGGCCAAAACCGUCAUGACAGAGUCACAGGGAUGUGUGGAAACUCUAACAAUGAUCCUUCAGAUGACAAAGUCUUACCCAAUGGCACACUGGCACAAAAUGAUAAUUAUUUUGGACACAGCUGGAAGUCACCCACCAGCCAACCAGGCUGUCAGCUGUUUGAGGCCGGCUUCCACUCUGAUGCCCUCCAUCUUCGAGAUGAAUCCUGCAACGGGACUCUUGAGGAUGGUCGACUGGUUUUCCACUUCAACAAUGAUGACCAGCUUUGUGGGACAAUGCUGAGGAGCAACGGGACCCACUUCAGUUAUGAGAACACCAUCAGCGGGGAUGUGGACCCUCAUGAUGGCCUCGAAAGUCAUGAGAAGAGCAUCCACCUGCACUUCUCCUGUGACUAUGCUCUGACCCAGGCACUGUCUAUGGAUGUUGGCAUCAAACCUGUAGCAAGCAUUGUGAACAAGAGACAUCCAUCUGGUCUGGGCCAUUAUCAUUUGAGGAUGAUACCCUACCGGGACCCUGGUUUCCACUUCCCUUUGACCAGAAGCAGAAAUUUAGAAAUGGAAAUAGAUGAGAGGUUAUACAUUGAGGUUCAGACGCAGGGAAUCGAUGAGCGGCAGAUCUCCACUAUCCUGGACUCUUGCUGGGCAACGCCUGUUAAUGAUCCCAGCUACCCUGUGCGCUGGGAUCUGAUCACCACACAGUGUCCUAAUCCAGCAGAUGGCACAGUAGAGCUGCUUCAGAACGGCGUCUCCACCGUAGCCCGUUUCUCAUUCAGGAUGUUCACCUUUACCAACUUUUCAUCUAUCUACCUGCACUGCCAGGUCCACCUGUGUCUUUUGAGACACAAUUACUGCACAGCUGUACGUACUACUUAUAACGAUUUGUAUUAA